AGACGACAUCAAAUAGAAACUGAAGGGCUCUGAUCGCUGCUGCUCUGUAUUACUCUUCCCGAAUUUUGGAUUUUCCUUUCUGGACAGUUACAACACAUCAUUCCUUGGCUCUGCCGAUGCUGGAUUUCUGAAUUCCCAGAAUAUUUCUUCUGCUCCAGGUUCUCAUUUGGAUCUUUCAUGGUACAGGCCGCCAGCCCAGGAUCGAGAUGGAGGGCCAAACAGGUGAUGGCAUCAGUCUGGGCUGCAGAUCCGAAGGGUGGUACCCACAGCCACCCGUCCUGUGGGUAGACGGAGGUGGAGUGAAUGUGAUGGUCCAGCAGCAAACCACGUACCAGCCAGACACUCAGGGGCUGUUCAUGGUCAGCAGCUCCAUCGAGAUCCCCAAGCAAUCCCCCAACAAGUACACUUGUGUCAUUAACAAUGUGAUCCUGAAGGAGACACAGGAGGCUCACAUCCAGAUCGCAGAUUCCUUCUUCCCCGGUGUUUCCGGAUGGCUGACAGCGUUCUGGAUCCUGUUUGCUCUGACUGUUGCAGUAGUCACUCUCACAGUGUGGUACCAUCGGAGAUUACAGAAUAAGAUUCAAGGCCUCAGGAAAUCUGAAGUUACAGAACAUCAAAGGUUGCUGGAUGAAAUUGAGAAACUUCAGCAGAAGUUAGAGCAAUGGAGGCCUCUGGUCCAGUCAGAGUGGAACAGGAUACGGAGCUAUGCAGCUCCAGCCUCUCUGACUCUGGAUCCGAACACAGCGCAUCCCCGGCUCAUCCUGUCUGAGGACCGGACCAGUGUGAGACUCGGAGACACAGAGCAGCUGCUCCCUGACUCCCCGGAGAGAUUUGAUUCCUGUCACUGUGUCCUGGGAUCAGAGGGAUUCACAUCAGGGAGACAUUACUGGGAGGUGGAGGUUGGGGAGAAGACGGAGUGGGGUCUGGGAGUGGCCCGAGAGUCUGUGGAGAGGAAAGAGGACCUUCCCGAGACCGGAUUCUGGAUUGUGUGGCUGGUACCCGGAUGUGGUUAUUUAGCCGCCACCUCCCCCUCACGGACCCCCCUCUCCCCGAGUGUGAAUCCCCGGAAGAUCGGGGUUUUCCUGGACUAUGAGGGUGGACAGGUGUCAUUUUACAAUGCGGACACCAUGUCCCAUCUCCACACUUUCACCCACACUUUCACUGAGAGGAUCUUUCCCAUCUUCAAUCCGGGAGGGAAUGACGGCGGGAAAAACUCCGCCCCGCUGACAAUCUGCGGGAUUAAAGGGCACUGACAGAUCCAUCCCAUAAUUUCACCCCGUCCCCCUGCCUCCUGCCAGCUGUAGACUGAUGGGGGUCGGUCUCAAUCUGGAGGAAAGAAGGAGGGGGAGAGAAGAAACAAAGAGAAGCUCAAUUGUAGAGAGGGACUGACUGGGUAGAGUGAGCUGUGAGCUGCAGGAACCCGGGGACCUUCCUGCCUGUAAUGUUGCUCCACAGGCGGGAGGUGGCGUUACAUGACGGUGUUGGGGAUGUAUCAGUCAGUGGUUCUAAGACUUGGGCUCAGGGGAGUCGUUCGAGGGGGGACACCAAAUCAUUU